CUAAUGUUUUCCUAUAUGUCCAUGUACACUAGUCGUUUACAGGCAGUUGAGUUUACAGUCAUUUUUUUUUUUAACGCACCAAACUUGCGUUCAGGAGUAGAUUUUAUCAGCGUUACAAAUGCCAAACACUUGUAAACACGGCUAACCGCAUUUAUAAGCGUUUGCAUUUGGAUUUUUUUUUUUCAAACUCUUCCAUUUCCAGAUGCUGUCCAGAGCCUUUUUUCAUCAUGAAAAAUGCAUGCAAAGUAUUUUCCCAGGACUCAAAUGGACCUGGUACAUCAUAUGUUGAGGUUUCGCAUAAAAAAAAAUAUGUUAGACA